AUGUCAAUCUACAUCCGAACAUCGAAUAUGCUUGUUUUUGAACUUUUAACUAUUGUUUCAAUUUGUCUGCACCAGUGCUCGACUUUAAGAUCGGUGCCGGAUGUAGACUUAGUCAUCCCCCCUGCAGCCGCCGGCGAGGCCAAGUACAACGAAAUGCUGAAACUGGCGGAGAACCCGAAGUAUGGCAAGUGCUGGACGAAAGCGCUGGCCAACCUGGAGACGUCUUGUAGGAGUAUGAGAGAGGAACAACAGCAGAUACUGGCAUUGUCCUUCACCAAUUGUCAUCUACUAAUGUCAGGCAAAGGACAGAUGACUUGUUACACGGAUUCGGAUGCGUCGGAAUGUACGGGAAGGAUGAAUGAUUUGGCCUUCCAGAUCUACACCACAUUCUUCACUCAUUCGGAGAAUCUGUGCUUCUUCGUGCAGGCCCAGUUGUGGCAACAGUGGCAGGCGAAGACAGUUCAGCAACUGGCAGACACCAGUGCACAAGUGGUCAGUACACUGGAUAGCACACUGGAAAAGCACAAAGCCCUGGAACUCAUCGUGAGCAAAGUGCAUGAUAUCCUGACCUCUGACCUGCCGCAGAUGGUAAAUGCAAUAGAGCAGCUGAAGUCAAUCGUGCUGGGAGAGUACAUCUGGAUACACAGUGUAAUAUUCUUCCUAUUUUCAUCCCUUCUCUCGUUCCUCCUCACUGCUUCCAGAAGGACCAGAGGCGCCAGGUGCUGGAUGGCAGUGACGCUGUUUGUGGAGUUCUGUCUUGAAGUGGCCCUACUUAGACUGGGAGCACCCAAUGAAAUGGUGUAUGACAGUCAGUGGAAGUUGCGCAAGUCAGUGUGGGGAGUGUUGGUGAUAGUGUGGGUGGCCUAUUUCUACUCCUACAGAGACAUCAGCAGAGAGAACAACAGACUUCUACUCGAACUCAAACAUCACCUGCUCACUUUAACUACAACUAAUAUUGCUACAUCGGUGAUGAAAUCGUCGAAUGAGGAACACGUGCCGAGUCUACAGACUGGUGAGACCCUGGACUGCUCUAUGAAUGCCCAACUAGUGUCAGACGACUCCAUGUGUGCUUCAACCACGCUGCCUGGAAGCAUGAAUAGAAAUAACAGUGGGCUACAUGUGCAGUACUUCAUGAGUGAAGAGGAGGCAUUGAGAGUGGAUGUUAAUGAGCAUGACGAUGUGUUACAAUUAGCAGACUCACAGAUAGAAGAAGAUGUCGCUUCGAAUGAGUCAGACGACGACAACAACGAAGCUGAAGACGAGGAUGAUGACGGGAGCUGGACUGACUCCGAGGCAGUCUCCGAGUUGGAAGAAGAAAGAGACGGUGACUUCUCGGAGGACGGAGAGAGGAGACACCAGAAUGAAGACACAGUCAGAGAGACAGAGUUAGAGGAGAGCCACCAGUCUACGGAACACCAUUCACAAGUGCAAUUAACUCCGACCAGGAGAUCAUACAACUUACGACCAAGAACACCCCAAAGUGGCAUCAGAAAUAGACAGUCGAUAAACACGAGGAGCACACGAGAACACGAGGAAUCAGCGGACGACUUUGCAGACAGUAUUCUCUUCCAAACCAAGUUGAUCAAGAAACACUACGAGAGUUUCAGAUCCAACAGACAUUGAAGAAGCCAAUUUAAUUGCUCUGAUAAAGUAUAUAACGUGUUUGUGCUGUUCGUUAAUCUAUAAUCAAAAUGUUUACUGAAGAGAUUUAAUGCGGUUGGUGAUUUAAUAUAAUCUGUAAUAAUAAUGGUUAUUAAUAUGGAGUUGUAGACAAUGUAUAACAAUACGGAGACAACGCUUCACGGC